AUGAAAAUUGAUCUUGAUACAAUCGAUGUCAGCAAUUUAAACAGACAAUUUUUAUUCCGUAAAGAACAUAUAGGAAAAUCUAAGGCAGAGCAGAUUGCGAGGGCUAGUGUUAUGUAUUUUAACCCUAAUGUGGACAUAGAAGCUCAUCAUGAUAGCAUUUUUAGGUACCACCUGCUUCUCUUCAUAUUCACUUUCAGUGCCUGCUUUAAUGUAGAAUUUUAUAAAAAAUUUACAUUAAUCUUUAAUGCACUUGAUAAUCAAGCUGCACGUAAACAUGUUAAUAGGAUGUGUGUAGCCUCUCGGCGCCCUUUGAUCGAGUCAGGCACUGCUGGCUAUCUUGGUCAGGUCGAACCUCAAAUUACUGGACAUGAAUUAUGCACCGUUAAGUCUAAAGAUGGAGAAAAUGAUACGAUCGAAGGAGUCUCAAAUGCGACAGAUUUUGUGCCUACAGAGUGUUAUGAAUGUCGAAAUCGUGGAACUGGCCAAAGGACUUACCCUACUUGUACUAUCCGCAACACUCCAUCUGAGCCGAUUCAUUGCGUCGUUUGGGCAAAUCAGCUAUUUGGUGAGCGUGAGAUAGAUGACGAAGAUAUAUCUCCCGACACUGAAGACCCGGAACUUGCAAACUCUACAGAGGCAGCAUCGACCACUUCAGAUGUUCCGGGUUCUUUUGUGUCUGACACAACAUCAAUCUUGGGUGCAUCUGUGGAUCAUCAUCAGGUGCCCUGCAAGCUUGGUCUGCGCGACUGGUUCAUUAAUCAGAUUGCUGAAAAUUCUGAUCCGAAGUCGGCAGCUAGUGCUCUCGCUUGGCGUUUGUUUCAUGAUGACAUUAAAAUCCUCCUGGCUAUGCAAGUCCUUUGGCAAGGUCGUAAAGAUCGUCAUGAGCCAAAACCCUUGGAUAGGAGCACACUAGAUAGAAGCGUCGAACAUGUUGGUAAGUAUACACGUAUAUAUCUGGGACUAGGGACGGCAGAAAGAAUAUAA